AAGAGAGCAGGGGAAAAGGAAAAGAGAUGCACACUUCCCCGAAACAAGGUCCCGGUGCCGGCUGGUACCCUCCGGGCCUCUAGCCCAAAGGAAGGCACACAGGGGAAGUUCCGGUACCUUUUGGGGGGAAGAGGCUGCCAUGGAAGAGCCUGCAGCUCCCACUGAAGCCUCUGAGGCACCUGGGGCAUCUACGGGUGCCGAGGCAGCAAGGGAGGGUGCACCUGGGCCUAGUCUCCGCACACGCCCGGUCUUCCGGCAAUUUGCGGCUACAGGUCCGGCCCCCCUUCGCGCGUCACGUCUGAGGCCUGCCCAGGCUGCAGGGGGCGGGGCUGGGCCCAGUCGCAUGCAGGGCCGGAGUGGUGGCAGCUGGACGAAGCAAGUCAUCUGCAGGUAUUAUCUGCAUGGGCUUUGCAAGGAGGGGGAGAAUUGUCGCUACUCACAUGACCUCUCAGGCCAGCAGUUGGCCAGGGAGGGCCAUGGUUCACUGCCUCAGGCCUCUGCAGACCAAGGCCCUAGCACGGCUGCGCAUACUGAGACCCUGCCUCAGGAAGUGGCGAAAGCCCCCUCUGCUGCGCCUUCAUGCUCCUUGCCUGUGAUUGGCUUGGCUGCUGAAAGGGGUUUCUUUGAAGCUGAGAGAGACAAUGCAGGCCUUGAAGCUGCAGGAGGAGCCAGUGUAGAAGGCUGGGAGAAUGCUAUUGAAUUUGUACCCGGGCAACCCUAUAGGGGCCGCAUGGUCCCUUUUGUUCCCAGGGCUCCUUUACAGAGCCCAGUGACUGAGAGGGAACAGAUUGCAGUGGGCAGGGGUCAGCAGCUUUGCCGUGAUGCUGCCAUGGGGCAGUGCUUUCGUGGGGAGAGUUGUAUGUAUAUCCAUGGAGAGAUAUGCGAUAUGUGUGGGCUUCAGGUCUUGCACCCUGUGGAUGCUGUGCAGAGGGCAGACCAUACAAAGGCUUGCAUUGAAGCACACGAGAAGGAUAUGGAACUCUCAUUUGCAGUGCAGCGAAGUAUGGACAAGGUGUGUGGCAUCUGCAUGGAGGUUGUCUAUGAGAAAGUCAACCCUAGUGACUGCCGCUUUGGCAUCCUCUCCAACUGCAACCACACCUACUGUCUUAAGUGUAUCCGCAGGUGGAGGACUGACAAACAGUUUGGCAACAGGAUCGUCAAGUCCUGUCCACAGUGCAGGGUUACCUCCAACUUUGUCAUUCCCAGUGAGUUCUGGGUGGAGGAGGAGGAAGAGAAACAGAAACUUAUUCAGCAGUACAAGGAGGCAAUGAGCAACAAGACUUGCAGGUAUUUUGCUGAAGGCAGGGGUUACUGCCCAUUUGGAGAGAACUGUUUUUACAAGCAUGCAACCCCUGAGGGCCCAGGAGAGGAUCCUCAGAGGCAGGGUGCUGAGGCAUCCGGUGCUCACUGCAGUCAACUUUUGGAGCCUACUCAGGUGGGAGAGGGCGAGAUGCCCUUUAAAAGCAGUAAAAAAAAGCUUGUCAUGCUUCGGCUGGCCAAUCUGUUGUUUAAGUGUUUUCUUUCACUGGGAAAGAGUGCGUUUUUUGUUGUUUUUUUUUUCUCAGAGGACCAGUGGGACUUACUUCAUUAUAAGCUGGAAAAAUAUUCCAGUUUGAAUCUGUAGCAUUAUGCUGUGGCAUGUGGUCUAGUGUGCUAAGGCUCUGUCUGUCAUAUGCUAUUGCUUGUUUGUUGUUUAUAGACACAUCUAUCAUUUACAGGGGCUAUGGAAGCCAUUUUUACAAAGCAUUCAUCUCUGUUUUCUUGUCCAUCCUCAUUUCAGGGUUAUGCUGUUUUACUGUGGUAAACUGUAACAAAGUCCUUAAAGUUAUUGUUCGAUGAAAUGAAUAUUACUGUAGUUUAUGGUUUAUUUUGUCAUCUCUGUUUUCAACAGGAUUGAUUCAGUUCUAGUCUAGUGUUUACAGAAUUUCCACACUCAUUUUGAAGUCCCUCAAGAAUAAAUGUGACAGGGUGAAGGGAGAAGUCUUAACUGAACAAGGAGCUUUUUGCUACUACAGCCUUAAGAAAUGGACCCUCGCAGGGCCUUUGUGGUACAACUGCUCAUCUUUGUUGUUUACAUGUCCGUUCUUUCCCUCAUUCCUCUUCAAGUGCACUCUUUAACAUGUGGUUACCUUGUGGUUUUGUGUUUUACUUGACCAGAACCAAGUGCGUAUGUUUACAUGUUUUUAUCCUGUAAAGCUUGAUGUGAAAUUACUUACAUUUCAAAGUAUAUAUUUAAGAAUUAUAUAUUUGCAUAUAAAUGUGUGUAAAAGUUAUAUCUUUCAAGAUAUAUAUAAAACAUAUACACUAUCAUAUAUCUGGAAGAGCUAGAAGCUGAAAAUGGAAGGCUAAUAGUAUUUGCUGUUGUGAGUGUGAAGUGUGUAAAUGAUCUUUCUGUCCUUUUCACAGGCUUCAGUGAUUAGUAUCUAAUGAAAACAGAUAUUCAAGUGGCUGUGGUCAAAUAUAGCAGACACAGAUAAAGGACUUACAAAUUAGGACAUUGGUAAUUCCUUUGGUGGCAUCGAUAGCUCACUCUCCUAUUAUAAAUACACAAAUGUGUGUUCCCAUGCAAUUUAGCACAAUCACAUUCCUUAUAACAGCACAAUUAGCCUUGAACUCAGAUAUACAGUUCUUUGUAUUAAUAUUUUGUAUUAUCUCUUGACAUUAAAAAAGGGGCUUUUGACAAAAGUUUUCAACAUACAAAUGACAAAAUUAUGAAAGAGAAAAUAGAAUAUAAAAAUAUUGGAACCAGUCGGAAUAUAAGAGUGAAAAGAUUAAAAAAAAAGUGAAAUGUAUAAAGGAACAAAAACUAAACACAAUAGUAAUAAGGAGAUAGUAUAGCACAAUUACACUAUCAGAUUAAAUGAAAAUGGUUUAAAAACUGAAACUCAAAGAUUAUCAGACAUGAUUAAAAUAAAAAUGAAGCUAUAUGCUGUUUAAAAUACGCAUCUACAGUAUAAGAAUACAGAAACAUUAAAAGUAAUAGAAUAAAAAGCUAAAUAACAAUGCUGUGGCUUUUGUAAUAGAUAUAGUUGAUAUUAAGGAUAAACACAUUGCUGGAGAUAAAUAUGGUUGGUAUAUAAACAUAAUUUACAUGGAAGAUAAAACUAUUCCAAUUUUGUAUUCAUUUAAUAAUAUGUCAUCUGGUAAUCAAAUAAAUAAUUGAUAAGGAGAAAAAUAGAAAAUUUAAAUGGGCAAUUUUCAUACAUCUUUUCAGUAACUGAACAAGCAAAUAAAGAAUAUCAAUUGAAUAGCGCAAUUUUAAUAAUUUAUCCAGUGUAAAAUGUGUAAAAUGCUGUAUGCAUCAACUGCAGAAUUGUUAUCUUGGCUAACAUGUGGAAAUAUACCAGAUGCAUGAGUUCUAGGAGAUUCAGACUGCCCUGACUAUUCAGCAAAGACAGGGUCCAUUUGCAGUUUGUGACAUGUGCUAAGCACUCUCCAAAGCACUAAUUUAACUCCUAGACCAACUUUAUGAGGUACUUGUGCUCUAUUUUUUCUCAUAAUCCUAAUGAGGUAUAAAUGAGGUUAUAUUACUUGCCCAUAUAACUAUGACAUAUUGGAACUGCAAAUGGAACUCUGUAUUUCUACAACACAGUCACCAUGCUGCCUCUUUCCUCACCUACAUGGUCAGGACCAGCUGAAUAUUGCUAAUGGAAACACACAUGCAAUCUUUUAGUAUGAAUGGUUCAGCCAGGUGGGAAAGAGACGGACAUAAAUAAAUUCCUAGAGAAUGUGGGGCUGUGGAGCUUUAUCUGUUGGCUUGUGGACUUGGUAUUUCUUAGUCCCUUACUCAUAACAUGCUUUAGCCUCCUAUAUUUUUACACUGCCUGUUCCUUCUUACAUAAUUCCUAGUUUUAUUGGUAAGUAUAUUUUUGUCAUAUUUCUUCCAUAUUGAUUCCUUUUAUCCAAAGAAUUCACCAAUCAAGAGGCUGUAGAAGCCUCACUCUUACUGUCAUGCAGCGUGAGUGAUUCAAAACAAAAUUCAAAUAUGCUGGUUCCCCUGAGGCCACCCCAGUACUGCAGAGGAAAGAGGGCUCAGAUGACCAAACAACCAAAGAAAAGGACCACAUGGGUCACUCACAAAAACUGUACUGAGAUCAAAGUCUCAAAAAAAAAUGAGCUUUGAAUAGUGGCUAAGCUGCUCUCAAGGAGAGAUUUUUAAGUUGAGCCUGGAAAGCUUUGAAAACUUUGUCCUAGUAUACACUACCUAAUGUUGUGAAAUAGCAUGUUUUUAUUCAAAUAGCAUCUUGAACGAUCAUAAUAAAGUUAAGGAGAUACAGUGGAAUAAGAAUUAUCAGAAGAUAAAAUGAUUUUGGUGACAAAGAAUACUUACAAUCUUGACUGCUUCUUAUCAGCCAUGCAAUCUGGAGAAAGUCACUUAAAUUUUCUAUACCUCAACUUUUUUAUAUGAGAAAUGGGUACAGCACCAUCUAUUUUACAGGGUUGUUAUGAUGACCAAAUGUAAUCUGGACAAAGAACUUGAAACAGCUGGGAUUUUUAAAGUGACAUGUGUAAAAAAUAGGACUUAUGUGUGUUUGUGUACUUGAGAAGAGCUUGCACAAGAAUUAAUACUCCAUGAAGUUUUUCUCUUUGAAAUCUUUGGAACUUGUGUUAAAGUAACAUUAUUAGUUUAAGAUUUUGUGUAGCAUGGAGGCACAUUACCUUUAUAGUCAUAAUUUCAAAAAGAUGGAGUAAUUUUUUCAACCAAAGUCAUUCAGUUAAAACUAAAAAUGUGCUAUUUAAUUUCUGAUAUAUAGUAAACAACAACAAAAACAUGUAUUAUUUGUGAUGGAUGUCUAAAUAAGAAAAUAAAAAAUAAAAUGAUGUUUAAAAAAGGA